AUCUUGGCCCAAGCCCGUGCUCGGAAAGCCUACCUGGCUUCCUUUGGCAGCAGGAGCGCACUAUUCACAACUUUUCGGCGUAACUACACCUACUAAACAAUGGAAGCUCCUGGGGGUGCCGGCACCACCCUGGCCACCCUCGGCGGCCAUGGCGAGGCCAUCCUCUUGACGAUCGUGACUCUGGUGGUGCUGCGCGUCGAAUUGGUCCGGCGCUACGGCGACGUGGGCGCCGGCCCACUCGAGGCUGGAAGGUACACCCAGAACUUCAAACAUUUCAUGAAGCAGUACGCUCCCGAGGUUGCGGGCCUCGUGGCGAUCCUAACACUGGCGGCCGCGCUCAGGGCGCGGGGAGACAAGGCCUCGGAGAACACCGCGGGGUGGGCCGAGAUCAAGGAGCAGUGGCCCAUGCUGAUGGGCGCGGACACUCUGCUUGCGCUGCAGGCCAUGCUCAGAUUCACGCUCCUCGUCUCGACCAUCCUCCGCGCCCCUGGCGGCCCAGUGCCGCUGUCUGGAGACCCCGCCGCGCUGUGGUUCUGCGGCGCCGCCGCUCGCGUGGCGCUUCUCGCGCGGACCCCAUGCUACAUGCUGGAUGGCCCUCUGGGCGGAUCGAUCGCGGCAGCGUUCGAGGUCGCUGCUCUCCCGGUCCUGUUCGGCGUGAACAAGGGGUUCUUCCGCAGCGCACGGCUGUCCACACUUCUGGCGAUCGUGGGCACCGCUGCCUUUGCCCACCGCAACCGCCUGAAUUUGGCCAACGACGAGGUCUCCGACAGC